UCCGAGGACAUAAGCUACGGCCAUGGAGGCCAAGUUCCCUGCCUCCCAAUGUGCGUAACACGGAAACACCUUUCCUCAGGAUGCGAUCUCGUCCCAAUCAACUGAUAGUUGCAGCCAGCUUGUUAUUAGCUGCAUUCUGCUUUGGCAAUCAGUUGAACAACGAUACGUCAAAUGUGGAUUGGCUGGAUGUGGUCGCGGACUCCUCGGAAGUGGAUCCUCGGUCGAAGGAUAAAAACGACAAAGUGUUCCCUCAUUGGAUGAACAAAGGGAACCGCAUCGACCCGGACCUUCUGAAUGUUCAAGCAGUUGUCGUUAGGGACGAAGAUGCCGAUCAACCGUGCCAACCUGGCAUAAAAGACUCGUCCAGAAUACACAUGAUGUGUGCCGGGUCGAUACUUGCGGAAGACCUAAUACUUACAUCUGCUAGCUGUUUACACGAGACAUUACGAAUAAGGGAAAACAUACAGGCACCAGUGGCGGUUGCUAUUAAUGUGUUAAACCGUCUCGAAAUAAUACGGAUGGAUAGUUACAAAGUACAUCCACGGCAUGAAAAUAUGGAGGCCAAAGAAAGGCAAUCACCGCAAUACGCGAGACAUAAUGUCGCAAUUAUGAAGCUUCAAUGCAAAAUGGAGAACGGCAUAAAAAUUGAACUUCCACGUCAACGGAUGUCAGAGAUGUGUAAUUCUGGAAAGUGUCGAUUGGCGUUGUUAAGAAGAAGCGGACUGAAUCACGUAAUUAUGUUCCAACAAGAGGCGCAGCAUAUUCCGAAUAAUAGGCGAAAACGUCAGUCCAACGAGACGAGUCUAUUUAGCACAAAUGCAACAUCGACGAUCGACCAGGAAAAUAACAAAACCGCCGUUCUAGAAGUGGAGACAUCAUCCGGAAUUCUAAAGGGAAACGCGUCCACCUCGAGCGCGAUUAAUGUUGCUAAUGUCACGAUGGCCCCGAUGUUAGUUUCACGGAAGGAAAAGGGGGAGAAUACAUCUAAGGGAGAGAGCAUUAACGAUCCACAAGCAAAGGAGGCCUCCAAUGAGACAUCCACACAAUUGAACAAUACCCACGUGACGUCAGAGCCGACGGUAUUUCUAGAAGAUUUGCUUAAAAUGUGGAGCACUUACGGCAAAAAGGAUGAUCCCAUAAAGUCAUUAGUGACAAGGUAUAGUGACGGUACUAGAGGAUGUCCACAGACGGGUUCCCCGGUUAUGGCAGGAAAGGUACAAGUAGGACUUGUGGCGGAAUCAUGUGACGAUAGGCAACCGAACGCCGAGUGGCGAUAUACGGAACUUUAUGACAAUCUGGACUGGAUAAGAUCAACCAUGAAGCAGUUGAACGAUGCCGGUGAAAAGUCGGAUCCUGCCUCGAAACCCGAUUCUCCAACUAUUCAAGGCCCUGCACCCGGACACGAGUGCAUAAAUAUCUACAAUUUCUUCAUCGGAUACAAAGGAACCGAAAAUCAGGGCAGCCUCUACAAUCCAGAGCAGCCAAAUGCCAUCACGUCUAUUGCUACGAGCUCUCCAACAAUUGACCCAUCAACAUCCACCGACUCAUCGAUCACCAUGAGCAAGUCGAACUCGGAGCCUUCGCCGUCUUCAACGAAUCCACCGUUUGUGUCGGAGUACUUAGCAACACUCACGUCUUCAACCGAAUCGACGACUGCAAGCGAAACGACCGUCCUUUCGUCGACAACGACCACUUCCCCAACAACACCAACUACCCCCUGUCCUACGGAUGCAACAUCCGUAGCAACGUCACCGCGUCCAUUAUGUCUGCCUUGUUAUCCAUGUCAACCGUGUCUGCCAUAUCCACCAUGUCCCCCUUGUGGAACUCUUAAACCAUGUCCCCCCUGUCGAACUCUUGAACCAUGUCCCCCUUGUCGAACUCUUGAACCAUGUCCCCCCUGUCGAACUUUUGAACCAUGUCCCCCCUGUCGAACUCUUGAACCAUGUCCGCCCAUUUCGCAACCACCAACGACAAAAUUACUCCCCACAGCGAAACCACCUUGCGACACCAUUCCAACAUCAAGGAUGACCACUUCGCUGCCGACAACCCCAUGUGGAUCGAUUCCACCAGUUUCCACCAUAACAACAGUUGCACCUACCGCGUUACCUUGUCAGACCAUCAUCCCGAUAAGAACUCCGUGCCCAUCAACGUGCACCACUCCCCAAGAGUUAACGACAACGCGCAUCGAAGAUUGCUCAACACCUCUUACGACGCCUAAACCAACGACAAGUUUGCCGUUAACGUCUGCCAAUCCAUGUAAAUGCCCCUGUCCGCUAACUACGAAGUGCCUGCCAGGCCCACCGUGUCCACCAUGCCCACCGUUUCUUCUGUGGCAACCAACAACCCUUCCUUCGAGGUGCAACUGCUUAAACGGAAAGCCCGAGCACUCCCAGCAACGUGGUCUUCCCAAUGCAAGAAGGAACUUUUUCGAUUCCCAAAAAUCAGACGAUGUACGAAUGGCACCCUCUUAUCGGCGAUACGACCCACAGAGAUUCAGUGGGUACUACAAUAGAAACUUUGGCCCGCCUUAUCGCAGGAAUAAUAGACUCGGUCAUCUCGUACAGAAGAGUCGACGGGAUGAAAAUGAAGUGUCGAACUCACGGAACGUGGAUGGGUAUUACGGGUCGUUAACGGGUAAUGGUACACUGGGAUUUCAUUUAAAGAUGGAGGACGUGAAGGGGCACAAUGUUCGGGGAAACGAGGGUGCAAUGAAUUUUUGGAUGAAGGAUCCAUUUCAGAGGAAGAACACCAACGCCGAGUCCAAUCUUCCAUCGGAAAAGUUCACCUCCUCGAAUGUUUCGAAAGAGCUCAGAGAUGUCGGAAAGGAAAUGUAUAAAGACGAGUCGAUUAACAAAUUGGUUAAAGUCUCUAAGCUUUCCGACAGCGCCGAAUUGUUAAUCGAUCAAGUGUAUAAUGGCGAACUCGGUAAAACGGAUGCUGAUCGAGGAAAAGAAUUGGGACUUUAAGUGAGAGACGUCAAAUCGAGAAGUCUCGAUAAUGGAGAUAAGAAAAACUUCUAACAACUAAACGGUUAUAUCAAUUGCUCGUAUGAAGUAUGUUAGCGGAACGCGAUAAUACGGUUUAAAAAUUGGUUAAAGUGUCUGAGCUUUCCGACAGCGCCGAAUUGUUAAUCGAUCAAGUAUAUAAUGGCGAACUCGGUAAAACGGAUGCUGAUCGAGGAAAAGAAUAGGGAUUUGCUUGAUCGAUUUCUUAUUAAUGAAUUUGAUUUCUUAUUAAUAAAUUUAAAUGUCAAUUUA